GAUCCCGCUUGGGUACCUGCACCUGUUAUCUCCGAGCCGUGGUCCGUCGAAAAGGUGCUUGCGACGAUUUACCCAGCGCCUCCCGAGGAGGGAACGAGCUCACCACUUCCCUUCUUUCACGUUCUGGAGCGCCUGAAGACCAACAAGCGAGAGGGAUGGCGGCGAUUUGGCAUUGACAGGGGCGAAUCAAUUUCGGACCACAUGUAUCGAAUGUCGAUGAUGACACUCCUCUGCCCCCCGACGUUGGCCUCAAAACUCGACCUCGCCAAGUGCAUGAAGAUGUGCCUUAUCCACGACAUGGCCGAAUCGAUCGUUGGUGAUAUCACACCAGUGGAUGGUGUUCCGAAAUCUGAAAAAAACCGCCGCGAGACGGCCACAAUGGACUACAUUGCCAACAACUUGCUAGGAAAUGUAUAUGGUGGCCUCGCGGGCAAGGAUAUCCGUGCCAUCUGGCAGGAGUAUGAGGAUUCCGCCACGAUAGAUAGCCACUUCGUGCACGAUUUGGACAAGAUGGAGUUGCUCUGCCAAAUGGUGGAGUACGAAAAGCGCGCAAACCAUUGCCUCGAUCUGUCUGAGUUUGUAUACGUGGCGAAGAGACUGGUCCUCACCGAGACGCAGGAAUGGGCGCAGGACAUCCUAAAGGAAAGAGUUGCAUUCUGGAAUCAGAAGGCCACAACCGGAGAGAAGGGCGCAUAA